CAAUGACGCUGGGAAGGAAGGCAAAGGAAGGACAAGACAAGCAAGAAGCAAGCGUGUCUGUGUUGUGCUUGCUCUGUGCGGCAAUGCGACCUGUGCUGGCGGCGAGCGUCGUUCUCGUGCUCCUCGUCUUCGCUGGGGCCAGUGGGGUUGAACACGAUGUCACGGAUGCAGACCGAGCGCGUCUUGGGGUGCCUCAGUCAACCACUGCAAUAGCCAAGACAAGGCGCGUGGAGCAAAGGCGGCGAGCAAUACGGAGAACGUGUCCCAAGAAGUCGUUGAUGCACAAAGUGAACCACAGGAACGUGUGCACGUGUGGAGCGACCUCAGAGUGUGCCGGCCCACGGUGUUCACACGCGACUGUGGUUGAUCCUGACACUGGCUUCUCUCGCCGAGCAGCCGUGUUUCCCCCUGACUGCACCGAAUGCAUCUGCUACGAUCAGAAGAAGCGGCCACCACCUCCACUACCGCCGCUGUCACGAGCCCGGUUCAGCCGAGAAUUGCACCGCCCUCUCAUCGUGUGGACCGACAGCGACACAGCUUCGUCGCGGCGUCCCACCUGCCUCACGCCGCCCGUGUGUGUUCACCAGGGCGAGCUUCACUUUCCGCCCCUCACCAGCUCUCAGGUGUCGGCACUGCGCCAGUGCGGUGUGGAUGUGAACACGUCUCUCCCCGCCCUCUCCUCCGCCGCACUCAGCACAGCCCCUGUCGUCGACCUCACAAACACGACGCUGCUUGGCUGGAAGCGGGCGCGAAACUGGCAUUUUCCCCAUUUUGCAGUUGACGUGCUGUGGCUGCUGGAUGCCUACGAUCUUCUCUACGAAUACGGCGGCACCGCAGCACCAACGCACUCCCCCUCAUCAUCUUCAUCAACAUCAUCAGCACUGCACACGCCGCACCGUAUAAUGCAUUGCCUUCGCCGCGGGUCCACCACCACAAAGCCGCCGCCAUCGUCAGCAUCGUCAACUCCUGACGGAGACUGUGCCCACGUGCACCUUCACAACAUGUCGCUGCUGGUGGACGUGGAGUUGAGCGACGUGUGGUCCGCCGAGUUUAUGCAUCUGCUGUCCCGCCGCUUCCUGCGGUUUCAAACACUCACGCAUCGUUGGCGCCCAAACGCCCUCUACUGCUUCAACGGCCUGCUGUCGAGCAACACGCCGUUCCACCGCCUGCCGCCCACCACCCUCGAUGCGAAGACCGGGUUCUUUGCCGACCACAACAUCGACAGAGCACCCAUCAGCCUUGCGUCUCUUAAAUCAGCGUCGUCGCCAGCAGCGAUGAGGGUGGUCAUUGUCAACCGACCAGCGAGCAGCGGGCGGUCCAUAUUGGGUGUUGAUGCCAUUGCCGGUGCGGUGCGGGCCACGCUCGCUGCACUCAAUAUCAGCCACGAGGUGAUCGUGGAGGAACACUUGGAGACGAAAUCGCUCUCUGCGCAGAUUGCGCUGUUUAACGCGGCCACCGCUGUCAUAUCGGCACAUGGCGCCGCCAACACCAACUGGCUGUUUCUUCGCCCAAACGCCCUCGCCAUCGAGGUCUUCCCCUUUGCAUACCAUCCGCGGCAGUACAGCACCAUCGCCCGCCUCAUUGGCGCAAAGUACAAGCCCAUCCAGACGCAGCCAGAUACCACCCGCUUCUUUGCCUGCAUGCAUCAUUCCUCACCCGAGGUCCUCGUGAACGAAACCAAUGCCAUCAUGGACGCUUGGCUGGAGGCCGAGCGCGAAUAUUGGCGAUCCGGCGAGGAAACCAUCAACUUUCUCGCAAAGCACAACGCCUUUCCGCAUCACCCAAAGGUGCGCCCGUGUGUGCGCGAACAGAACCUACACGUGAGCGCAGAGCCCAUUGCCAACACCAUCGCAGCUUUUGUCAAGAACCUGUGAAGUCGGAAGUGCUUGUGUGUGUGUGUGUGUGCGUGUGUGUGCUUGUGUGUGCUUGUGCUUGUGUUUGUG